AUGGCUGGGUCAAUUAAAUAUCACGUUCUUAAAUCAGAAGUGGAUUUCACAUAUCCUGAUGAUGAACCAGACCUCGAAGAUGAAGCCCAAUUGCACUCAAAAGUCAUUCAUAGAACACCAAUGAAAAAGAUCAUGAUCACGGUUUUGUCUAUUAUGUUAAUGAUGUUAUUUUUAGUAAGCUUGGGAGUUUUAUCUUUAACAUUCUGUAAGUGUAAGCAUGAGAAACCAAAAAUUAUUGUUGUCUUCGUUGAUGGUUUGCGUUGGGAUUUGUACAAUGUGUCUAUGCCAGCACUGAAAUCAGUUGCAGAGAAUGGUGUCAGAGCUGAAUCAAUGGUGCCAACGUUUCCGAGUUUAUCUUCUCCAAAUAUGUACAGUAUUGCAACUGGACUGUUCAGUGAAAGCCAUGGAGUCGUUACCAAUCUUGUCUUUGAUGUGAAAUAUAAAAAUCAGUUACAUUCUUUUGAAGAGGGGCUGACUGUUGACUACUGGUGGGACCAGCCUGGUGUGGAGCCCCUCUGGAUUACUGCUCGUAGAGCUGGUUUCAAAACAGGCACAAUUAUGUAUCCCGGAGGAAGUGUGUCCAUAAAAGAAAUGCGUCCAAAUAAAAAUAUGUUUUAUUCGUUUAAUGCCACUAUGAAAAAUGGUGUGGAUAUAGCGAUUGAAUGGUUAAUCGAUGACCUUGAUUUGGUAUUCCUUUAUAAUACUUCGCUUGAUGACACCUUGCAUCAAUAUGGUGUGAAUUCACCGCAAGCAGAUGCUGUUGUCAAAGAAAUGGAUGACGGUUGUCCCAAUGUUUAUCUUGAGGUUUAUGGACCUAUGACGCUACUUCAGCCAAAGGAAGAAAAAAUGGAUAAUGUCUAUGAGACAUUAAAGAAAAUAGAGCAUUUUCAUGUCUACAAAAAGGAGGAGAUUCUGAAAGACUUGCACUAUCGCAAUAACGAGCGAAUUCCAUCAAUGCUCGUACUUGAUGACCUGGGAACAAGCUUGAAUGUAGACUGGAAUUCAUCUUCACCUGUACGUUCCAUGCAUGGAUGGAACUCGUCACACAUGGAGAAUCAUUUAGUGUUCUAUGCCAAAGGACCUGCAUUUAAAGAAGGAUUCCUGUCUAAAUCAUUUACAAAUGUUGAUGUCUAUCCAUUGAUGUGUGAAAUCCUUGGUGUUGUACCACAGCCGAAUAACGGUACUCUGGACAUUGUACAAAUAAAAUGA